AAUAAAUGCGACCUAUUAAUCAGUAAGGUUGAAAAAUUCAAGAUUUCAUGAAUCAGAUUAUCAUAGUUUUAUUCUUUGAAGUUGUGUAUAAUUGAGAGCCAAAAAAAUGAAGGCCCAUAUUAUAUUGGCAUUAUACAUGCUUUAUAUAUUUGACGUAAGCUCUGCUGACAGUGGAGACGAUAUUAAAGCAAGAGUUGAUGCUUUGAAUAAAAGAAAUCAACAAGGGCUUCCCAAUCAAGUAGGAACCCAACGAAAUCAACAAGGGCUCCCUAAUCAAAUAGGGACUCAUCAUAAUGGAGUGAAGACAUCACUAAACAAUACUGAGAACCGAUACCCCAACUCAAAUGGGAGCUACGGAAACCAAAGCAAUCGUCCAUUGUAUCCAAACAUUCAAAGCCAAAACUCACCAAAUAAUCCAAAUGUAGGAAGCUACGGUAAUAGACAACCCAAUCAAUUAGGUACACAAGGAAAUGUUCCAAAUCCUAACAAUUUCGGUAUUCCUUAUCAAAACAAUAAUGGGUUGCCAAGUCAAAAUAAUUUUGGCAUACCUAAUCAAUUACCUAAUUCUGGAAAUCAAGGUCAAUAUACAGGAAAUCAAGGUUAUCCUAAUCAAGGUAAUAUGGGAUACCCAAAUUGGGCUAAUCCAGGACUAGGAAAUCAAAAUACAAAAAGUCCCAAUAGUCUUGGUUACACUAAUCAAGGAUAUGGACAACAAGGUUAUGUAAAUCCAGGAAAUCAAGGUUAUCCAAAUGCUGGAAAUCAACUAUACCCCAAUGUAGGGAAUCAAGGAUAUCCGAUAACUGGAAAUCAAGGAUAUUCUGCCUCUGGAAAUCAAGGAUAUUCUGCCACUGGAAAUCAAGGAUAUCCGAUGACUGGAAGUCAAGGAUAUCCUGCCACUGGAAAUCAAGGAAAUGUUGGAGGUUAUAAAACUCAUCAUUAUUGAUAAGUGUUACCAUUGAAAUGUUUGUUUAUACUAAUUAUUAAUAAAACUAUUAUAUCUAA